CACUUAUUAAAUAAGGAAUAUCUCUCGUAUAUCAUCGAAUUAUAUCCCGAACUUUGAUCUGCAUAUACAUAUACAUAUGUAGGGUUUCAUCGGGAAUGCCUUAUGUUGCUUGUCAUCAUUUCGCAGAAAAUUUGAGUACCGGGUAUAGAAAUCUGGUACUCAAAUGAUAUAGGGAUAUAUUCGAUUCGGAAGCGUUUGAGAUACAGGGUAAUGGUAGCUCCGACUGGCUGGUUUUACAUUUUGAAUUUAGCUUUGAAGGCGGUUUUGUGGCGCCACUGGAUUGGUAUGGUGUUGCCAUUGGCUUAUCCGAUGUUAGAACCACGAUUUGUGUAGCUUGUAAAACGUACGUACGUUUUACUUCCAUUUUUAAUAGUGAACUGUACCGCCCGUGUAAGUUUUGCACCUCACAACAGGUGUUCAUGCUCCUUCCUUGGUACAUUUACCUUCGGUGGGAGUGUCCUGCUGAAACUACUGCCAUGACAGCCAGCUGUUUGAAUGGUGGCCAUGGCAACAUCCAAUCCUGCCACAACAAUGACAAUGACUCGUUCAGUUGGACGACUCAGUCGACUCAGUACAUACAUGUCGCUGUUCAAUGUCUGCAGCUGGUGGUCUGCCCAGUGCGCCGAUCCCGGAGAGCAAUACGAUGUGGCCAGCCUACUGUGCGCCCGAUUUGGCCUGGAGGAACAGGAGAAGGACUACAUCAUAGUGGGCUCCCAGACGGGGCAGCUGAGUAUCUACUACCCGCACAGGCGGGGCUACGAUGCCACCGAUCUCCUGCUGGAGACUCUGAUGCCGGCCCCAAUUCUCGGCUUGUAUGCCGGAAAGUUUAGCGGGAACGUUCGCAACGAGAACACCAACCAGCUGGGCGUGCUCCUGCCCAACGCCAUCGCCAUCUACAACGUCCAAGCCAUCGGCGGACUGGCGGAACACGGAGCCCAGGUGCGCCUGCAGCUGCAUGCGGAGCACAAAUUCAAACGGGUGGCCUUCGGCCUGUGCCAGGGCCACUUCGGGCAGGUGAAGGGUCGCGAGUUCUUCUGUGUGGUACAUCUGGACGGGACCUUGACUUUCUACGAGCAGGACGGCAUCUCCUACGAGUGUCGUUUCCCCGGAUACCGGGCACUGCCGGCUCCGGUGUCCUACUGCGAGCGCACCGACAGCUUCUUCCGAUUCAGUGCCUCCUGGCACCUGCAGUGCUAUAGCUACCAGGACCUGUCCCAUUCGCUGAUGACCAAGAGCAGCUACCAGCCCACCUGGACGCAGGGUGUGGGCGAGGGCAUUGUCGACAUGCGGGUGGUCCAAGUAAAGGAGAACUGCUCCUACAUCAUGAUCCUGGGCGAGCGGAACUUCAUCUCCCUGGAUGACAAUGGGAAGUUCAUCUUUAUUCUAAAGUUGGACUACGCCCCCAAGUGUUUCCACAGCUUCGUAGUGGGCUAUUAUUGGGAGCCCGGCGCACGCCUGAUCACAGCCAUCAUUUCGGACUCUUCGAAGCUGCAUAUCUACGAAGAGGCCAACAUCAUUUGGGCGGCACAAUGGCCAAACCAGGCGAACGCUCCGGUGGCCAUACAGCGCUCCAAUAUGCAGGGCCUGGCCGGGGGCAUAGUGACGCUCGGGGCCAGGGGCCAGCUCGAAGUGGGAUAUCUGGGCGCCGAUCCCUUCACGUUUCAGGUGCAGCCGCUGAACAUCGAGGCGCUGAGCUUCGCCCAGGCGCAUAAGGAGCUGCAGCAACUGGAGGACGAGAUCAAGGAGGCGGUGGAUGUACGCGACAUGGACGCUCUCAAUCAGCAGGCAGCGGAUCAGGUGCGUCUUAGCUUUAGCAUCCAGACGGAUGUCUCUGAGGAUCUGGACACCCUUUUGCUGGACGUGCCCGCCGACGUGGCCGUCAAGGAGAUGCCCUCGGCCAAGGGCUUGCUGCGCUUCAAAAUCAAAGCGGACCUAGCGGAGCUGCAACUGGUGUUCCAGACGCCCAACGGAGUUCGCUGCAGCCAGGACACCAUUAGCUUUGUGGACGUGGUCGCGGGCACCAGCCAGGAGCUGAAGCUGGACUUUUAUAUUGCCGAACUGCUACACAUCCACAGCACCAAAGUGGAGGUGGUGGCUUCCUUUGUGAAUCCUCGGGGCAUUCCGCGGGUCAUACAGCAGAACGCCCACCUGCCGCUGGGCAUGUUCUAUCGCGUGUGUCAGCCUCAGAAGGCGGCGGGCAUCAAGCUGACGUACAGUAUAACCAGCAGACACGUCGCUCCGAAACUGAGAACUUUCUUUGGAGAGUUCCUCGAAGGACAGGCCGAUGCCCACGCCCUCGGCCUCCAGCUGCUGUGCCCCGGCCUGGACAAGCAGUCCGAGGUCAUCACUGUGGUAGCGGCCAAGAGCUCCAACCGCAUCCGCAUCCAGUCCGACUACGUGGAGACUUUUGCAAUGAUCCUGGAGCGCCUUGUGCAGACGACGCUGCAGCUGGACAGCUCCGCUGGCCUCCUUAAGAUAGACAAGAAGAAACUUAAGCGCGGGGUGCUCAAUCGGCGCGUAGAGCGGCUCAUGGCCGCCCCCUUCCUGCCCACCCAGCCCAUCCUCCAUCGCGUCGACGUGCACCACGAGACCCAGCAGAACAUUCGAAAGCAGACGGAGAAAAUGGAGGACCUCUGGCAGCAGUUCAAGACCCUCCAGCGACAGUUGCAGGAGCAGCAGGAGCAGGAGCCCAAGGAGGCCCUCACCAUGCAAAUCGAGACGAACUACGACCAGCUGAUACUCGAGGGCGACAAGCUCGUGGAUAUACGGCGGGACGAGCGCAGGCAACGCUGUGACCUAAACUGCGCCGUGGCUUUGGCCAAAUGGAUUAUUCAGGCCCUGAACCUGGAGGAGCGCGUAGUCAACGUUGUAGGCUCUGUUCUAAGUGUUCCCGUCGAGGACUGGACCGAACUGAGUUGGGAAGAAUCGAUGGCGCCCGGCAUAGACAUGCUGCAUCACUUUGGGCCACUGACCCGCUCCAAAUCGACUUCGACCCAUGGACUGCUGGAUGCCACCGACACCAACAAGGACAGCUUCGACUAUGGUCGCUUCAGGCGGCACUUUGCCACGCUAUUUGACCGAAUUGUGCGUCUGGCGUCUUCUCCGCAGCCGUCAGCCGGUAGCGGCGUCGACUCGUCCGGCGCAGAGCAGCCGGUGGAGGUGGGGGAGGGGGAGGAGCAGCAGCCGGCCAAGCAAGCGGAUGAGAUUGGCAGAAUGCACCGCAUGCUGGGGGACCAGUGCCUGCCGCUGGCACCGCUCAAGCGCAAGUCCAACAUGACCACCUCCUUGGAAGCCGUUGAAGACGAUGAGGAGUACGACGAGGAGGAUCUGCGCGAGGACGUGGGAUACCGCAAGGAGUAUGGCACUGGAACUGGGACUGGGACUAGCACUGGGACCCAGAAGACCUCUAGCCAGCCACGCUCCGAGUGGGUCAACGAAGACUUUGAGCUCCCUACCACCGAGGAGCUGUUCAGCGACCUAGGCAUCUGGUGGUAGUAGGGCCUCCCAUUGCCAUUCCCAUUCCUAAUCUCAUAGCAAGUGUCCAAUAAAUGCUAGAGCUGUCCCAA